AUGUCGUCUUCCUCCCGGUCGAGCAUCGAUCGCGUGCCAGAGGCACAUAGUGAUAUCGAAGCUCGACUGCGGCAACUGGAGGUCACGGUGCAACGUUUAACCAACUCCGUCGACCGCGCCUUGCAGACUAUCCUCUCCGCGCCUCCAAAGCCGACUGAUACUGCAAGGCUGACGAGACAUUGUCAAUCAGUGACAAAUACAGAGAGUGGCUCUAGUUCGGAUCUGUACAUUGGGUCAUCGCAUUCCUUUUCUUUCUUACAGGAGACAUCAGCUAACAUCGACGAGAUCUCUCAAUCAUCAUGUGAUGAGACUCGUCAGAGCGCUUACUUGGAGCUUCAAUAUCUCUCUGAUAGACUAGCCACAGGACGAGUAAAUCAAAGUGGCGUGGAAGAUACUACGCACUUUUACGUUCCCUCGCGGCCGGUGGGAUACCGUUUGAUAAGCAGGUUCUGGGAACUCGCUGAAGUGGGCGAGCCAUUCUUCCCUGCCCCCACAGAUGAAGCGGUCCGGCAGGUUGUUUUUGAGCCGCACAAUAUGCGCGAAAAGGCAUGGGUUGUCUACUUCAAUUACUUACUACUGACGGAUAUUUCAGCUGGGGAUGGUGAUAGCAAGGAGACACCAAAGCUGCGGCGUAACGUACAGCUAGCUCUUAACGACAGUCGCAUUUUUCUUGAACCACGUGAAGUUAAUGUACAGGCGUUGACUCUCUUAUCCAUGCACGGUGAGGACUAUGCUACGCCCAACCUAUCGUGGAUGCUCCUAGGACACGCCUGCCGGCAGGCCGAGGCUCUAGGAUUGCACGCAUCGAGUCACCAUUCAUCCGAGUUGGUGCAAAAGCGUCUUUGCCUGUUUUGGCUUCUGUUUCUGAUGGAUAAAUCGUGUUCCCUUGCAUUCGGUCGCCCGGCGUUUCUUCCGGUGGCCGUGUACCAGAACGUACCGUUUCCAGAUGACGAUAUUUUGCUAAGGUUUCACCUUCAUGAUAGCGAGGGAAAUGGAGCAAAGGUUUCCCAGUUCGGUGCCCAGCUCCUCAAGAAAUCCAUGGAGCUGUCGAAGUUAAUAGGACUUCUCUUGGACGUUCUGGCGACGGGUGACACCUGUCUUGCAAGGAGGGAUAUUCGGUCUAAAUUGGAUGACUGGUACCAGGACACAAACCAGAUCCUCACAGACACUAUGCAUGUUGAAAGUGCCUCGGCAAGUGCGUAUCACCUCAAGGAGAUGGGCUUGGGGAUCAACAGCAUCAAGUUUCACUACCUUCACAUUCUUAUUAUCCUGCUAAAGGGAGACGAAUCAAACUCGACUCUCCGAUUGUCAUCUGCUCGGGAUGCUAUCUCUCUCCUGAGUUCCAUCGUGUCAAAUUGGAGUUCGAUAUACAAUGGAGUGGUUUGGCAGCUCUUGUACUACCCUUUUACUCCUUUCUUUGUAAUAUUUGAAAACAUCGUUCAUCAUACUUUCUGGACACCAGCCGUUCAACAAGACUUGCAACUGCUAUCUACGACAGUGACUUAUUACGCAGAAAUGCGAUCCCAGAUGCGUCUACUAGCUACUGUUUGUGCCAGACUACAGCGUGUGGCGGCUACUUUCCUUCAACUGGCACAUACUCACGUCCGUCAGCACGCAUCUGCCCAGACACCGGACAACAUGACAAUAUCCAUAGGACGCCACAGCAUACCACAGUCAGGAGACUACGAUGACCGAGUAAUGAACAAUAUUGCCUCCAUUCGCUCUGGAGAUAGCGAGACUCUACCAAAUGUCGGUGCAGGUGAACCGGACGUCGCUAGUUACCUAGAGUGGCUCCCUGCUGAUCUGACUCUCACAUGGCCUUUGGCUGAUGUUGAGCGCCGGGAGCUGAGUACCUCUGACUCUGUGGCCGGUGACAGAGCAACUCCUCGCAAUUUCCCCCGGAAUCCAUUUGACAGUGCGUUUGAUUGGUUCUCUUGGGAUGCGUAUUACGCUGACGUGGAGGCGUGA